UCGCCCAGCCGGCUUCCUUGUCCGUAGUCCUCCUUUCCAACAUGGCGCAGUCAAUUAACAUCACGGAGCUGAAUCUGCCACAGCUAGAAAUGCUCAAGAACCAGCUGGACCAGGAAGUGGAGUUCUUGUCCACGUCCAUUGCCCAGCUCAAGGUGGUACAGACUAAAUAUGUGGAAGCCAAGGACUGUCUGAACGUGCUGAACAAGAGCAACGAGGGGAAAGAAUUACUUGUUCCACUGACGAGUUCUAUGUAUGUCCCUGGGAAGCUACAUGAUGUAGAACAUGUGCUCAUCGAUGUGGGAACUGGCUACUAUGUGGAGAAGACAGCUGAGGAUGCCAAGGAUUUCUUCAAAAGGAAGAUAGACUUCCUCACCAAGCAGAUGGAGAAAAUCCAGCCAGCUCUGCAGGAGAAGCAUACCAUGAAACAAGCUCCUGACAAGGAUGUGACUCUUCCUUUUUUCCCCCCCCGUAGCUGUCAUGGAAAUGAUGAGCCAGAAGAUUCAGCAGCUCACAGCUCUAGGGGCAGCUCAGGCUACAGCCAAGGCCUGAGAGUAUGUUGCAGAAAUGGAGCAGAGGGACCCUGCUUCAGGGGAUUGGGACUUUGUGGGAGUGACCUCCUGGUGUCCGGGGAGGGGAAGGAUCUUGUGUUUAAUGCUAAUAAAUGUGCCAGCUGGGUAGAGUGUUGGUCUGUUCUUGCAUUAAGCAAGGGCCUGGUGAUGAGAUGGGAGAGGGUGAUCCAAAGGGUGACCCCCUUCCCAGAGUCUGAUAAACAAAGGUAAUGAGAGCUGCAGAGA